CAGUUAUCAGAUUCCUCCACUGGUCACAAGGAAGACUGCCGUUGUUAUAAGCCCUCUUUUAUCCUUGAUGCAAGACCAGGUUAUGAGUCUAAAACAGCGGGGUAUCAAGGCUGAAUAUCUUGGAAGUACUCAAACAGACAAAACUGUUCACUUUCAUGCUGAAAGUGGUACCUAUGAUGUUUUGUUCAUGACUCCAGAAAAAGCAUGUUCACUUACUUCAAGAUUCUGGGCUAACUUGCUGAAUAUGGGUAUUUGUUUGUUGGCCGUCGAUGAGGCACAUUGCAUAUCAGAGUGGGGUCAUGAUUUCAGGAAGGAGUACAAGCAGUUGAAUAUGUUACGAGGCGUUCUAUCUGGUGUUCCUUUUGUUGCUUUAACUGCCACAGCUACUGAGAAGGUUCGCAAUGACAUAAUCUGCUCCUUGAACAUGAAUGAGACAUUCAUUGCUGUUGGAUCAUUUGAUCGGCAAAACCUAUUUUAUGGUGUUAAAUCCUUCAAUCGGUCUCUGUCCUUUGUGGAUGAGCUUGUACAAGAAGUCUCAAAAUACAUCAAUAGUGCUGGCUCAACGAUCAUAUAUUGUACAACUGUUAAAGAUACUGAACAGAUCUAUGAAUCACUACAGAAUGCUGGAAUAAAGGCUGGUAUUUAUCAUGGCCAAAUGGGCAGUAGUGACCGGGAGAAGACACAUAGAUCUUUCAUUAAAGAUGAGCUUCAAAUACUGGUUGCUACUAUUGCUUUUGGCAUGGGUAUUGACAAACCAAAUGUAAGGUGCAUAAUACAUUAUGGCUGCCCUAAGAGUCUGGAAUCAUACUAUCAAGAAAGUGGGAGGUGUGGCAGAGAUGGGUUGCCCUCAGUAUGCUGGUUAUACUAUUCAAGAAGUGAUUUCACAAAAGCCGAUUUCUAUUGUGCUGAAGCACAUUCUGAAAGCCAAAGAAAGGCAAUUAUGGAGUCCUUAAGGGCAGCAGAAAAGUAUUGCUUUCUGGCUACUUGCCGCAGGAAGUUUUUGUUGCAGUACUUUGGUGAAACAAAUAAUGAUGACUGUGGAAACUGUGAUAACUGCACCCAUGCUAGAAGGCAAAGAGACCUGUCAAGAGAAUGCUUCUUGUUGCUAUCUUGCAUAAGAUCUUGUGGUGGUCGAUGGGGUAUUAAUAUGCCUAUUGACAUUCUUCGUGGAUCUCGGUCAAAGAAGAUUGUUGGCAACAAUUUUGACACUCUUCCUCUGCAUGGGCUUGGGAAAGAUUAUUCCUCAACUUGGUGGAAGGCUCUUGCUGCUCAACUUAUAGCUAAUGGUUAUCUGAAGGAGAAUCUUGUUGAUGUCUACAGAACUGUAAGCAUUAGCCCUAUGGGUUUGCAGUUUCUCUCAUCUGCAAGUACAAUUCAUCACAGACCACUAGUUUUAGCAUUAACAAGUGAGAUGGCUGAUGAGGAAGAGCAUGGAAGUCAGAAGAAUAAAUUGGGAGAUCUUCAAAAUCCAGCUGUUCUAGCAUGCGAAGGGCUCUCUGAGGCUGAGUCAAAACUGUUCUUUAUGCUUUUGGAUAUCAGAUUGGAUCUUGCAAACCGUUAUGGAACCGCUCCAUAUGCCAUAUGCGGUGACGAAACAAUCAAAAGGUUGGCAAAAAUGAGGCCAUGUAACAGAGCAAGGUUGGCAAAUAUUGAUGGUAUAAACCAGCAUUUUGUAACCAGGUAUGGUGAUGAAUUUCUUACUAGCAUCAGUAAAUUUUCACAAGAACUGAACCUCCAAACAGAUUAUGAGGGAACUGCUCAAACUGCUACAAUUAGAAAAGUAGGUGCAAACAUAGAGAAAAGGGCAACUCCGGCCAAAUUGGAAGCAUGGAGAUUGUGGCAGCAUGAUGGGCUUUCAUUUCAGAAAAUUGCUGAAAUACCUCGAAACUCAGGUCCCAUCAAAGAGCAGACAGUCAUUUCGUAUGUCCUUGAUGCAGCAAGGGAGGGCUGUGAGCUUAAUUGGUCUAGGUUUUGCAAGGAAACAGGACUAACUCUUGAGAUUGUCUCACAAAUUCAUUGUGCCAUCACAAGCGUUGGAUCAAGAUGUAAAUUAAAGCCAAUCAAGGAGGAAUUACCUGAAAGUGUGAGUUACGAUAACAUCAAGACCUGCCUGACAAUGGAUGAACUUGGUUUGUCAGCAGAAGAAAUUAUAGGUUGCAACUCCGUGUAUGAAGCUCCCAACAAGAUAAUGGAAUCGCCAUCGCACUGCCCUUUUAAAAAUGUCAUUAGAAACAGAGCAGCCUCUAGUACUAUUGCAUCAGAGUCCGCUCCAACUUCUCCGUAUCAUUGUGAAACUCAUUUGAAGCAGUCAAGGAGUGAUGAUGCCCUCGACCUAGAAUCUUCUGCAAGAAAGUUGCCAAAAAUUUGUGAGAACACACAGCAUUGUACUGGUGAUUUGGUGGCUACAGAGAAUGCUGUUCUAGAGUGGGUCAGGGACCAUGACGGGGUUUCUCUACUGGAUAUCGUAGAACACUUCAAAGGAUCGAAGGAGGAAUCUGUGCUUGACCUAUUGAACCACCUCGAAGGCGAAUUUGUAAUAUUCAAGAGAAAUGAUUUGUACAAAGUUAUGUGAAUCAUAAAAUUUUGUAUUUUCUUAGUAGUAAUUGGAGUUUUGAGAGACCAUCUGAUGAUGCUUUGUGCAUGUAGCAAGAUGGAUAUGAAAGGGAUAUAUAUGCUCUGUAUGUAGACAAAGUAACUGAUCUUGUAAUUAUCGAGUUACUGCAAAUCAAGAUUUCUCUGGCUUCCCAAGGUCUGUAACAAGUAAUUUUAAUC